AUGGAAUCAGGAGUUAUAUGGAAUAAAGCCCGCCCUAAAUUCAAAAUAGUUGAAAAUCUAAGAAAAAUAGAGAGGAAGAUUGAGAAAAGUGAUAUUUUCGGUAUUAGCGACAUAGUUAUACCCGUGCAAAGGCAUCCUAUAGGCCUAUGGACCAAAACCGCUGGAGAUCCGGUUGACAUUCGUGACACAGUAACGAUUAACUCGGAUCUAUUUAACAACCAAUUGUUUGUCGAUACCUUCUCAACAUUUGAUGGAAGAAGAAUACCCGAGCGUACAGUUACCGCUAAGGGUACAGGAGCCUUCGGUUAUUUUGAAGUCACGAACGAUGUAUCCAAGUAUACAUAUGCAGAUGUAUUCAAUGGAGUGGGGAAGAAAACACCAGUAGUUGUCAGGUUUUCAACUGCUUUACAGAAUUUAGGAGGAUCUGAACUUAAGAGAGAAAUAAAAACUAUGGCUUCUAAAUUCUAUACCAAAGAAGGAAACUUUGACCUUUUAUGUCUUUCAACCCCCGUCUUUCCAUUUAGAGAUCCUAUGCUAUUUAGGGAUCUGGUAAAUGCAUUCCAAAGGAACCCUCAGACUAAUUUAUUUGAUUUCACGAGCGUUUAUGAUAUAACUACACUUAAGCCAGAGGUUGGCCAUAAUCUAUUUUGGAUAUUGUCUGAUUAUGGGAUUCCGAAUGGGUACAGAAGAAUGGAUAGUUUUGCGAUUCACGCUUUUGAACUGUCGAAUAAGCAUGGAGAGACGCAUUACGUGCGAUUCAACUUUAGAUCAGAAUUGGGUUUCUCGCCACUCACUACACCGGCUGCAGCCGCCAUUCAAGCUCUAGACCUGGAUUACUUUACCAGAGAUUUGUACAACGCGAUUGAUAAAGAAGAAUAUCCUGCCUGGAAACUAGAGAUGGAUGUGUUGACGAAACAUGACUUACAAAAAGUUGAUUAUGAUCCGUUCGACGUCACAAAAUUAUGGCAUAAUGGCACAUUUAUAACUGUGCCGAUUGGACGGUUGGUUCUAAAUAAAAAUGUUGACAAUCAUUUCAGAGAUAUCGAACAAGCAAUCUUUAAUCCCGGACAUUUGGUGCCUGGUAUUCCCGGACCAGUGGACUAUCUGUUCCGUGGACGAAGAAUUUUCUAUAGAGAUGCACAAAAUUACCGCGUCGGAAGAAACCACAACAAGAUUUUUGUGAACAUGCCAUUAUAUGUGAAGAAUUACGUACGCGACGGGAGACCGCCAACCAGGCUUAACAUGAAAAACGCUCCCAACUAUUAUGCUAAUUCCUUUAAUGGACCAAUUCCAUACGUUGAUGAAAAAAGACCUUGGAAGCAGUUGGAAGUAUUAGAAAAUAAUGCUGUAGAUUUGGACCCCAUGUGGUACUUUUACAACUUUAUUUUAGAAGAUGAAGGUCACAGGCAGAGAUUUAUUAAUAAUAUGGUUGUAACUCUUGUGCCUGUUACUCCACCUGUGGUUCAAAGAGUUUUUAAACUUUUAUUCUUGGUCGACGGGGAUUUGGCGACGCGAGUUAGAGCAGCUUAUGAAGUAGCUGUUGCUGCUGAGCGAGCUGCCGCUUUGGCUGUUCCGCCUCCAGUUGUACCAUCAAGAAGAGUUCCUUCUGCGCGGGCACAACCUAAAGAUGACCCGAAACCAUUUUCAAUGAAAAAUUCAAACAGUUCAAACAUGACACAAACAUGA